CGGGACGAUCUCGAACGGAUGGUUUAGGGUUCCGAUGACCCAGUUUGCGCUCCAGCAGCCGAUGAGUGUCGAACAGCAAGUAUUGAUCUGUGGCAGUAGGUUUCUGUCCACCUCAGUGUUGAAGCUUCUGUCAAACAAAAUGAGACUCACAGCUGAAAUUUAAGAUGGAUCUCAGCUGCAGGUUCUGGAGCCAGAAGGACGUUCAGGUUACUGAGAAGAACAACCGGUUCCGUUUGAAUCCAGUUCUGUUGUUGAUCAACAAGGUUUUGAGAGUCAGUCUGUGGAUGGAAGUGUGGAGCUCGGCGAUGGGACCGGAGAGAGUCUUACCGAACUCUGAGGACGAGUUGGGGGAGGACGAGCGUCCGGGGGAGGGAGGUCUGCUGCCAGUGUGGAAUGGGGGGGAAGGAGGGGGGGAGGGGGAAGGGGGAGAGAUGGAGCUGGACGGAGAGGAGGAGGAGGAGGAGGAGGAGGAGGAAAACAGUGGAGGAUAUUACUACCAGCCUCUGAACCAGGAGCCGGAGCAGGCGGGGGAGGAGGGGGAGGACAACGCCGCCUCCCACAACGAGCAGCUGCAGCAGGUGCAGCAAAGGAUUGAGGUGAUGGGUCUGCACCUCCCUGAAGCUCCUCCCCCUGACAGCGACGAGGAGGAGGACCCUGAAGGAGCGGCAGCUCAGAGGAGUCGAGCCUCCAUCCCGAUGGAUGCAGACCACGUGGAGCUGGUGAAGAGGACAAUGGCGGCCGUGGCGUUACCGUCUCUCGGCGUGCCGUCGUGGGCUCAAGAGAUCUCUGACGACCAGUGGAAGGACAUGGUCCAGAACACGCUGCAGAGCAGGCAGAGCGCACCGGCACUACGCCUCGGACGAAGGAGCAACAUCAACGGACCCUGAACGCACCACCACCACCAACAACUACAGUAGAACCUGAUCACUUCACAUACUACCAACAACAACAGACCCUGAACACACCACGGCUCCUUCAGGGACACUGACAGAGGGUCAGUGAUGAUGGGAGGAAGGUGACCUGAGAGUCGACUGAUGAACGAGUGAAUCACACCUGUUUAAUUUAGUUUCAUUAAAAAUCACCUGAAGCUGCGUGAACUGAUGAUCCCUCAGUUUCGUCUCUCAGGUGACUUUAUUCUCCGUCUGUUGAGACUUUUAGGUCAAUAAAUAAGAUUAUUCAUCUCUUUAAAUGUGGAGAUAACAGAUAAUAAACAAACUGCUACACAACAGGAACAGAAUCAUAAUUCUGCGGCUAAAUAAAUGUUUUAAAACCCGUCAGAUGAUUGAUCGGAACCAGCUGACGGGUUCAACACGAUGAUUCUGAGUCACGUUUUAAGAUCCUUAAUUUAACAAAUAUCAGAAUCGGCUUUAAAUGGAAUAAAUUUAAUCAUUAGAUUUGAGAAGACAUCAUACUUUAGUUCAGACUUAAGUUAAAAGCUUCAUGUAAUGAUUCAGUGUUCAGUCUCUUGCUGUUACCUUCAGUGUCGACAGGUUCUCUUCACUUCAUCAACGGGUUCUGGUUCCGAGAGAUUAAACCUCCUCUGGCUCAGCUGGACUCUGGACCUCCGACAGGCUGUAAACAUUCAUUACAGUUGACAGAGAGAAUAAUCACAACAUGUGUUCAUCACUAAGAAUGAGAGCUGACUCAGAACGCUUCAUUCUCCUCAAACCGUCCAAAACACGUCAGCAGUGUUUCUGAAUGAGUCCAGAUGAGUUCUGACGUCCGGAGCAGCCGGGUGGUUUAAAUCUCAUUCUCACAUCAAGUGUUUGAUCUUUUUUUUUGUUGUAACAACCAAAUUUUCAUUGUGAUGAUUUUUAUUGUUGAUUUGAACAGAAAAGCAGCAUCAAGGUGUAAAGAAGUUGUUUGUUGUCUGUUGACAUGGAGAGAAUCUGGAGACGAGUUUUAACUUCUCAGAUUCAAAACAAACUAAAGAACUUUUUUAUCCUGAUUUGUCUCUUAAAGCAGAAGAUGAAUUCUCUGCAGCUCAGUUGUGAAACUUGAGUGUUGAGUUUGAAUCAGCUCAGAUGUUCAUGAAAACAUUGAUUCUGCUUCACAACAUAAUUCAAUAUUUUACAAACUGAAUCUUUUUGACCCUCGUGUGAUGCCGUACUCUGCUCCUGUUUUCUGUUAUU